GAGAGGUAUUUAUUGUUUUCGUUCUGGGUCAACAAUUUUCUAUUCUGAUAUAGUUUUCCGUGAGAUGGAAGUCAUCAGCGUUUUGUAGGAUAUAAUAUCAUUGUGUAACAAAACACGUAGAAAUAAUUCAGUUUCAAGAAAAAAAAUUGUUUAAGGAACAAUCGUGAUAUGAUUUUCUAACAAAGGGAAUCAAGAUGAAACAGGCAAUAUUUUUAGUUGUUUUACUAACAGAAGUAAUGUUUAUUAACGGUCAGAUAGAUAUGGUCAAUGGACUAGUAGACAUGAACAAAGUAAGAAAGUUUUACGAUAUUUUAAAGAAGUCCUGUUGUUCUUAUCAACCUAAUGAAUGUAUGGAUCAAGUUUCAAGAAAAAAAAGACGAACCAAUCCAUAUAGUGUUUACCCGACAGACGAUGAUGGUGAUGAUGAUAGAAUCGACAGAUUUGAGAAUUGUUUAUGCAAAGCCAGAAAACAGUCACAGAAAUGUCAGCUAGAGUUUAAAGUAAAUAAAAGCAAGAAACGAAUUGACUCUAAAAAGUCUUACAGAGUUGUCUUCCAUUGGCACGAAGAGUUUAAGGAAUUUAAAUGUCGAAUUCAACAAGAUCGUACUAUAGAAUGUCAGUUCUAUAAGAAGACAACUAUUUCUAGUAAACUGCGAGAUGAUGUGGAGUUGCUGGUGACCUAUCAUACGGUGGAAAAGAGUGAAUGCAGAACUGUAUGUGAUACUAUAUCGUGUGCUUAUGAAGCUGAUGAACAAUCCGACUUUGACUUCUACAACGACAAUAUGCAACAUCAUUUUGAUAUUUGCAUGGAUCCACCCUUAGUUAUGUCAACAACAAAUGCACCUAUUUCAACCACAUCUGACAUACCAGUUGACCAGACCUCAACUACCAAACAGUCUGUAUUACCAGGUUUACAAACUACCACCCCAGUCACAAAUGAUGGGAGUGGUAGUGGUAAAAUAAAAGGUGGUAAAGAUAGAUCUGAUGUUCCUGAUAUAAGUGGUUUAGUUGGUGGUAUUGUGGGUGGUUUAUUGGUGGCUAUUUUGAUUAUUAUAGCUAUUAUAUUUUAUAUCUUUAGAUUUAAAGGCAAAAGAACAUUGAGCCGUAGUACAUCAGAACCAAUAGACAGAAAACAUUCUGUAAUACAGGAAACAUUGAGUGACAAUAUUUAUUCUGUCAUGGAGGAACCAGUGUACCAAGAUCCUUCUUGUAUGGUAAAUGAUAAUAGAACUAUCAGAGAUAAUGAACCAAUAGUUAGAUCUGAUAGUAUGUUGGAUCCAUCCUAUGUUAAUCUAGCUAUGUCAAAUUCCCCAGUUUCAUCCCAAGCACAGAUAGUUCCCACAGCGCCAUAUAUCUCUCCUCGGUCACCUACUAUAGCUAUUCUUCCACCAACGUAUAUAAAUAAAAAACCACCAACAGCACCAAAACCCAUUCUCCUAAAUGUAUCAAAGCAAACUGGAACACCAAACCAAACAUCUUCAAUUAUUCACCAUGAACCAAAUUCUCCAACCACGUCCACUACAGAUUAUCAUGUGUAUGAGCAUGUGAUUCCUACAGAGCAAGAGGAUAAUAAAUAUGAACAAUUAAAACAAUACGAACAAUUAGGAGCAGCCCCAUAUUAUAUUGGAGCAACUGAAUUUAACCCCAAAGUAGCAAUACCCAAAACAACACCUGGAUUUUCACGUGAAGAUUCAAGAGGUUAUACAGAGCCUGAAAUUUCCAACUGUGUAAUAUAUAACGCAAAGCGUCCAGAAUAUAUUGAAUUAGAAUCAGACUCUGGUUAUUCAUUAGCAAAGGAUGUGGAGUAAAUAUGAUUUGACCUAGUUGGAGCCAGAAGAAGAAUUACAUCCGGUCAUAAUACAACAUCACUACUCGGCUAUACAACUAAUAUUCAAUUUCGGAAAAUACCGUGAAUAACUGCUGAUACACUCCUUGGUUGGGGUAACUUUUACGUUUUAACAAAAGUUGACUGAUGUCAAUGACUGGAAUGAAAAAUGGAAGUAUUGGAAAUUUUUUUUACUUAUACCCAGUGGAUGAUUUGCUGAAAUCCCUCUCAUAUUGAAAGAUUUUUGAAUGUUUUUAAACGUUAUGAAUUCCAAUGUAAUUAAUCUUAUUCAUAUUCAAUAAAAUUGUAAAGGGCUGGUCCCGAUAUGUAUGAA